UUUCCCUUUUUGUUACCAGAGCGCCUCUGAUGGCUUUUGGAAGUCAGUGGCAACCCGUGUCCCCAGAGAACCUCAUGAGAUACGUAUCCUGAAUCCCUACUUCAUCCAGGAGGCAGCUUUCAGCUUCAUUGGACUGCCUUUCAACAACGGCCUGAUGGGCAGAGGGAACAUCCCCACUUUGGGAAGCGUAGCAAUAACCAUGGCGCUCCACAACUGUGAUGAGGUGGCAGUCGCUGGGUUUGGCUAUGACAUGAGUUCACCCAAUGCACCACUGCACUACUAUGAGAACAUCAAGAUGUCUGCCAUCAAAGAGUCCUGGACGCACAACAUCCAACGGGAAAAGGAGUUCCUGAGGAAGCUGGUGAAAGCCCGAGUCAUCACGGACCUGACCAGUGGGAUCUGAGUGGCUGCAGCCCCUGCCUCAAAGGGAGGAGAGGAAGACACACGCUGCGGCUCCGGAAGCAGGCACUGGCAGCCCCCUACAAGAAUCCCACUUCCCUGGAGACACACAGAGAUGCCCAGGUGCUCUGGGAAGGCCCUCUCGCAUCGCUGGGCUGCAGGAGGGUUGCAUCUGCUGCCUCCAGUUCUGGGUCUGGCAGGAGGCGGGCAAGGGGCUGAGUAGGCAGUUCUUGAACUCUACAUCACAGAUGCAUCUUCUGUGUCCAGAAUUAAACAGGAAAGACUCAGGAGAGAGAGGAAAGGUUUGUGAGUAAAGCGAUUUGUGCCAAAUGGGAGGUGACGCUGCUCCGAGGCAGCAGUGCCUGAAUGUACAAAGUAUUAUUUUUUAAAAGAAACUCUGCUGAAAUCAUCCUAGAAUUACCAAGGUGCAAAGCAAAGUCUGCUUGUGCACAGCCCUACGGAAAGCUCGGCCUCUCCACGCUCCAUCUGCAUUCUCACUGCCCUCAGACCUUUCCCCAGGAAAACAAAUCCGUCCAAAACGUCAGUGUUGUUGGUGCUGCUAUAAUUUAAAGGGAGGUUGGCUUUCCCUCGUUCUCCACUUGGAGCUUCUCAUUGGAGAUGAGCACGGGUUUGUUUUUCUGCACUUUUCCUCGCUUCCUACGUAGAAGCGGCAGCAGCAGCCACUUCACUUGGCUGCGUUUUCCAUAGCUGUUUGCUCUGCCCUGACUCUGGAACUGGUGGCUCUCUGCCUGCAACAGACCCACCAUCCUGCCCGUCACAGCACUGCGGAGCCCACCUCGUGCUCAGGGCUGUCAGGUCCGUGCUUGCUGUGCAGAGCCCUCGUGGAGUCCGUGCAGAUCGGUGUCACCAUUUCUGGACAGCAUCCUGCUUUUUUUUGUGGGGGAGAUCAGUGGUUUGUUUUUUGGAAGGAGGUCAGAUGCUGCGUGUGGAUCUGAAGCUUUGCAUAUGAAGAGCAGGCCACCGAAGAUGUUUUAUGUUCCGGACUCGAUCAUGUUCCCUAUUUAAGUGACUUGUGACCUCAGCAAUGAUGGAGCGUGCUGGCAAGUGUGGGGGCCUGCUGGGAACCCUUGCCUUCUACUUGGCCCCUGCUCACUUCAUGUCCAAGCUCCUCCCGUGCUGCUCAAGCACUGCUGCUCCUCCUGCUCUCAGGAGCACGUCCCUUCCUUUGCUGUCUUGGUCCCAAGAUGCAGUAUUUGCACAUUUGAUCUGUGUACGUAUUUCAGAGGAGCUGGAAUAAACUGAGCGUCGUGGCUGAGUGCAAGGA